AUUUUGAAGGUUUAACAAUUUCUAUAAAUGUUUUUAAAAUUAAAUUUUUAGAUUAAAUUUGUAACAAUGUUACAAAAUACCGAUUGAAGAUUAUCACUGAGUGAGAUGAUAAAAUUUCUUAGUUAUUAAAUUUAAUUAACAAUUUUAUUGUUUAGAAUUAAAAGUAAAAUAAAGAAUUAAUUAAUUAUGUGAGUUUAAAACUUAAAUAAAUAAAUAAAUAAUCACUCCAAACCUAAAAUUUGUUAGACAGGGUACUCAUAUAUUUUUUAUUUUUUAAGUCCAUGAAUUUAUACUCUUUAAAAAAAGUAUGUUAAAAAGAAAAUGAUAAAAAAAGUGUGUUGGUACUUGAUAACACCUGCGAGUUUUCUUUAAACACCUUUUUUAAUUGAUAGACUCUUUUUGUAUUAAACUGAAACAUCGUCCCUUUACCUUAAAAAAAUAAAAAUCGACUUUGGAGUAAAGUACUUGUUUAGAUGAAAAGAAUUAGAUGUUAUGUUACAAAAUUGUAAAAUACAAUGGUUGGAAAAAGAUAACCUCAAGUUUCCCCGAAAGUUAAUCCGAGGACGCUGCGAUAUUUUUAUACCAAGACUAAAAAAAAUCCACGAGAGUCCUGAACUUGAUUAAUUUUUGCAAUGUUAAUAAUUUGUGUACAAUAGAUUUUGGAGGUGUAGGCACGAGUGUGUGAGAUUUGAGAUCGUGAGAGUGUGUGCAACUAAUUAACAGCCCUUAGAGGCUUCCACGUGUAUGGUGGUUGAGAUGGACGCUCCCCUGCUAGGAGGCGCAGGGACGACGGAGAACAAGGACUACCCGGCGGUGAAAGAGUGGAAGGAGGCGAGGGAGGUUUUCUGGAUUGAAACCAAGAGAAUGUGGGAGAUUGCGUUGCCCAUUGUUUUCAACAUUUGGUGCCAAUUCGGUGUCAACUCCGUCACCAACAUCUUCGUUGGCCACCUCGGCGACAUUGAGCUCUCUGCUGUCUCUCUUAUUAACUCUGUCAUCGGCACUUUUGCUUUUGGCUUCAUGCUUGGGAUGGGGAGUGCAACUGAGACGCUUUGCGGCCAAGCUUAUGGAGCUGGGCAGAUUCAUUUGCUUGGUGUUUAUAUGCAACGCUCGUGGGUAAUUUUAUUCAUGACCAGUAUUUUGCUCUUGCCAAUAUACAUUUUUGCUGCUCCCAUUUUGAAGCUUAUUGGUCAACAAGCGGAUAUAGCUGAUCUUGCUGGGAGUUUCUCUGUUUUAGUAAUUCCGCAAUUUCUUUCCCUUCCCUUCAACUUUCCAACACAAAAGUUCCUUCAAGCUCAGAGCAAGGUUAACGUCAUUGCAUGGAUUGGGUUGGUGGCUUUAAUUUUGCACAUUGGGAUGCUAUGGGUCUUAAUCUAUGUGUUGGGUUUAGGCUUAACUGGUGCAGCUUUGGCAUUUGAUAUAACAAGUUGGGGGAUUACAAUAUCUCAACUUGUUUAUGUUGUGUUCUGGUGUAAGGAUGGAUGGAAUGGAUUGACAUGGUUGGCUUUCAAGGAUAUUUGGGCCUUUGUUAGGCUUUCUCUUGCAUCAGCUGUGAUGCUUUGUCUUGAAGUUUGGUAUAUGAUGAGCGUCAUUGUUCUUGCUGGCCACCUUAAUAAUGCAGUGAUUGCUGUUGAUUCUCUCUCUAUAUGCAUGAAUAUCAACGGGUGGGAAAGCAUGAUCUUUAUUGGAGUAAAUGCAGCUGUCAGUGUCAGAGUUUCCAAUGAACUUGGGCUUGGACGUCCAAGAGCUGCCAAAUACUCUGUCUACGUGAUAGUGUUUCAGUCACUUCUUUUGGGAAUCAUUUUCAUGGCUAUUGUUUUGGUGACUAAAGACUAUUUUGCCAUCAUUUUUACAAACAGCAAGGUUUUGCAUGAGGCCGUUUCCAAACUAGGAUUCCUCCUUGCUGUGACAAUGGUUCUUAACAGUGUUCAACCUGUAAUCUCAGGUGUUGCAGUUGGAGGUGGGUGGCAGGCCCUGGUGGCCUAUAUCAACAUAGGUUGUUAUUACUUAUUUGGGCUUCCACUAGGGUUCAUUCUUGGUUAUACAGAAAAUUUGGGAGUUGAGGGACUUUGGGGUGGUAUGAUAUGUGGAAUUUUUCUCCAGACCUCGAUGCUGUUGGUCAUACUUUACAAAACCAAUUGGAAUAAAGAGGUGGAACAAACAUCUGAACGCAUGCGAAUAUGGGGUGGACAAGACAUUAAUAUUGAUAAGAUGGGGGAUUCUACAUAAUCUUACAUACCAUCCACCUCCUUGAGUCAAAUCCUCAAAUUCGUUUUUUUUUUUUUUAGUUCUUGGUGAAAUUAUGGCCAGUGGUCUCACAAAUUCAUUCGGUUUAUAUUGCACUGUAAUUUUGGUAUGUUUCAAUUAAGCAAAGAUGAAAAGACUUAGUUUUUUUUUUUCCCAAUUAGCUUUUCAUGUUUUUUUUUAUUUUUUUAUUUUUUAUACUUAUCGAACAUCUUAGUGAAAAAUGAAAAACAUCCAUUUCUUCUA